UCCUUCAUCCACUUCCAUUACAAAAACCCAAAAAAAAAAGGGAAAAAAAAAAUCUUCCUGCUCAAAACGGUGGGAAAACUUCUGCCAUCUGGGUCUUGAUCUUUGAUCAACGACCCACUUGCAGAAAGACUUCCCAUUGCCAUAACAAGUUGGAGGGACCAAAAAAUAAAAUAAAAUAAAAAUGGGGACAGCGGUGGUGUCGGUUCUAUCACUUAUUUUAGUGGUGGGAGUUGCUUUGGCAGUUGUGGCAGUUGUUAACAGGAACCACGGCAGUUUUGACGGCGAGAAUUUGUCCCCCAAAAUGAAAGCUGUGGCCACUAUAUGUUCUCAUACUGAUUACCAAGAAGAGUGUCAAAAUACUCUGGGCAGCAUCGCCCACAAUUCCUCCUCGGACGACCCGAAGGAGUACAUUAAAUCAGCGAUUAUGGCCACUGUUGAGGAGUUUAAGAAAGGGUUCAAAUUGACGGACUCCCUUAUGGUGGAGGCUGGUAACAAUUCCUUCAUGAAAAUGUCGGUUGAAGAUUGCAAAGAUUUGCUGCAGUUUGCCGUUGAAGAGCUUCAGGCUUCUUACUCCUCCGUCGGGGACAGCGAUGAGCGCUCCCAAGAGGAGCGAGUCGCUGACAUCAAUACCUGGCUCAGCGCCGUCAUUUCUUAUCAGCAAUCUUGCCUCGACGGCCUCGGAGAAGCCAACCCCAAGCUCAAAGAAACCAUGGAAGGUGGUAUUGACAUUGCACGCAAGCUUACCAGCAAUGCUCUAGCUAUUGUCGCCGACGUCUCGCAAGUUCUCGGCGACUAUGGCCUGCAAUUGAAGGUCCAACCAACUGGACGACGUUUGCUUGGAAACACAGAAGUGGGGAGCGAUGGGUUCCCCACAUGGUUGUCAGGAGCAGACAGGAGGCUGUUGGCGGCAGCGAAAGGAGGAGGAGGAGGAAAAGUGACGCCCAAUGCGGUGGUGGCGAAGGACGGGAGCGGGCAGUACAAGACCAUUGCUGCAGCAUUGGCUGCAGCCCCAAAGAAUUCCAAGACACGACACGUGAUCUACGUGAAAGCAGGGAUCUAUAAUGAGUUUAUCAUUGUGACUAAAGACUAUACAAACAUUUUCAUGUACGGAGAUGGCCCAAGAAAAACCAUCGUCACUGGCCGCAAGUCCUUCCGUGACGGCAUUACCACCAUGAACACCGCUACCUUUUCGGCCGUUGGAAAUGGCUUCCUCUGCAAAGCAAUGGGAUUCCAAAACACAGCCGGCCCGGAAGGGCACCAAGCGGUGGCUCUCCGCGUCCAGUCCGACAGAUCGGCAUUCUUCAACUGCCGAAUGGACGGCUACCAAGACACUCUCUACGUGCAUGCUAACCGUCAAUUCUACCGUAACUGCGUCAUCUCCGGCACCGUGGACUUCAUCUUCGGCGACUCGAACACGAUCAUCCAGAACAGCCUGAUCAUCGUCCGGCGGCCGAUGGACAACCAGCAGAACACGGUGACCGCCAACGGGCGCAAGGAAAACAAGGAGUUCAGCGGGCUGGUGAUCCACAACUGCCGAAUCGUGCCGGAGCAGAAGCUGUUCGCGGACCGGUUCAAGAUCCCCACAUUCUUGGGGCGGCCGUGGAAGGAGUACGCGUUGACGGUGAUCAUGGAGACCACAUUGGGGGAUUUCAUCCAGCCGGCCGGGUAUAUGCCGUGGCAAGGUACAUUUGCCCUAGACACGUGUCAGUACCUGGAGUACGCAAACAGGGGACCGGGUGCCAACACUGCAAGGAGAGUGAAGUGGAAGGGGGUUAGGGUUAUGGGAAGGAACGAGGCUCUUAAGUUUACGGCUGGAUCGCCUUUUCUCCUCGGGAAGGAGUGGCUUCCGGCCACUGGGGGAAACUUCUUACUUGGAUUGAAGAACUAACACAUUUUAGUUUUUCUGUGUUUCUUUAGGAUGCGCACAACAAGAUGUGUUUUAUGAUGGGUGUUUUUCGUCACAAGUAAUGAAUAGACAUCUCGUGAUUUCCACAAAA